CAUGCGCGUGCAAACGCCUGCGCCGAAUGUGCACUCCUUCUCGCUCGGGAAUGUAGUCCAGCAUGCACAAGAGUAGCCCGCCCUUUCGCUCGCCCCGGUAGCAGAGAUGUAUCAUCUCGUCAAGUCGCUCUACUUGCACGCGACCAGUAAGGAGGAAUACUCCAUCCUCCUGCUCGGGCUCGACAAUGCCGGCAAGACCACGUUGCUCGAGCAGAUCAAGAGCAUCUACAAUGCCGACUACGACGCGAAGCUCAACACGGUGCCCACCGUCGGCCAGAAUGUCAGCCUCGUUGACCUACCCGAGAUGUACUUGAAAAUAUGGGAUGUUGGCGGCCAGCAUACCCUGCGAGGGCUUUGGCAGUCAUAUUACAGCAGCUGCCACGCCAUUGUCUUCGUUAUUGACAGCACCGAUAUUGGAGAUGCCGACAUCACGCGUCUGUCCGAGGCAUCAGCGGGCCUGGAUGCCGGAAGAUUGGACGAGUGCAGAUUGGUGUUGGAGGACGUGCUGCAGAACGACAUGACGGAGGGAGUGCCAAUUCUGGUGUUGGCAAAUAAACAGGAUCGAGAGGACUGCGUGGAGGUGGUGCGCAUCAAGGAGGGACUAGUCAAGAAGGUCUUCGAAGGCGAGAAGGGACAGAAUGUGAGAGACAGUAGGGUACUGCCAUUGAGUGCCCUGACGGGUACAGGAGUCAGAGAAGCAGUGGAAUGGCUGUGCAGCAGAGUCAAGUGGAACAAGGAGGCGCGACCACCAGUGAUGAGGUGAGGGCGGGCGUGUGGUUGAUUGCCCAGAGACUUCAGAGCUACUUGAUUCAUUCGAUCAAGAUCUUACAAUACGGACCAACAUCCUUCCCGAGCCAUUGAGCAGACAGACACGGUCGACAAGUGCCGCACCUCGGGCCUGCUGUCUAACCGACAAUCGAGUUUCGGCCCAAGAAGGAGAGAAGUCGCGCGUGCUCCGUACAGCAGUCGCAUCCGCCUUCACAGCAGAUGCAGGAGCUACAGACUAGCUGUGGCCUGCGCAGACAGCUUCACGCCGGUGCAAGCCAACUCCCAUCACUCCGAGCACUUGACCUCUCCUGGACACACCUAUUUCUACUGCAUGA